GAAUCACGGUCUUAUAAGACCGUGGUGCACAGAAUAAUGUUAGGUAGUCAGACUUCACUCUUCUUUAAAAAAAAAAAAACUGAAAAAGACUGUUACAAAAUCUAUAAUUUCUAGAAGAUUUCUUUUUAUAACAUAGAAUAAUUGGUGAUAUCGUCUUUAGUUACCUUUAAUUUGUAGUCAUAGAUAGAGAAUGAUAAGAUACGAACUGUAUGAUAUAGCCUCCGCAGUCCGCUAUCUGAUUCACCACAGACUGAACAUAUUCGUAUAGUGUGAAGUCUGACUACUGCAAUAUUGCUUGCUGACGACUCACAAGAUCAUAAUAUUAAGUAUUCACGAAAGGCUUAAGUAAAAAAGUAGUAUAGUAUUAAUAAACAAUAACCGUGAUUGAUAUUAUAUUAAUCAGCAUUGUAUAUUUUUUAUUGAUAAGUAAUUUUAAUAGGUUCAAUGUAAUUUUUACAUUUUAGUUCAUACAUGCGAAUUAUUAUUUAUUAUGUAUAUUUUUAAUGACACCAGAUAAAAACAUUAAUUAGAUGUAGAAAAAAAAUAAUACUCGAGUCAAUCAUGAACACAAUUAUUACAACUUGAGGAAUUUAAUAAAUUAAGAAACUGAUUAAAACGAAUCAAAAUGCUUUCAAAAUACUAAAAAUAAUACACCACAAUACUAUCUGCUACAGACAAAUUGAUUGAAUUACUUACUCAAAGACAGAAAUAUUAACUAAAAUGAAUCGUCAAGCAUUCAAGUUGAUAACAUUUGAUGUAACUGGUACUUUAUUAAAAUAUCGAAGUUCUCCAGCUGUAGAAUACUCUAAUGUUUUAAAUAAAUAUGGCUUAGAAGUAAAAUUAUCAACUCUCGAAAAUUUGAUUAAUAAAAAUUGGACAUUUAUGACAAAAGCACAUCCAAAUUUUGGUCUUGAUACUGGACUUAAAUGGGAAAACUAUUGGAGAAUUUAUGCACAAAAUGUUUUUAGUAAAGCAUUUCAGAUAGAAAAUAUCACUGAUAAUGUACCUCUGAGGGAUAUAAUUGACGAUUUAAUGAUGACUUACAGUACUGGAGAAACAUUUAAAGUACAAAAUGGAGCAAUUGAGUUAUUGGAUUAUUUGAAAAAUGAAAAAAUUCCUUUGGGAGUUUUGACUAAUUAUGACCCAAGAAUUAAAUCUAUGAUAACAAAUCUUGGCCUCUCACAUUAUUUUAAAUUUAUUUUGUCGUCAUAUGAAGUGAGGUCAGAGAAGCCAGAUAUUAAAAUAUUUAGAAAAGCAGAAUCAUAUAUUGAAAAGGGUUUAAACCGUAAACUAUUUUUGCAUAUUGGUGACUCUUAUUUAUUGGACUUUAAAGGUGCAAAAAAUGCUGGAUGGUCUGCAUGUUUAGUUCAUAUAGAUAAAAAUAUAAUUAAACAGUACCCAUCUUUAAGUGAUAGUGUAUUUGAUGAUUUUACAGCUUUAAAAAUGUUUUUAAUGUCAUCCAAUUUAAAAAAAAUGUAUUCUGAACAAUAGAAUUAUCAUUUUGAACACUUGUAUCCUUUCAAAUAUAUUAGACCUUUUGUUUUAUAUUGGUUAAGCUUUUUUUAGUAAAAUUAACUAUAAAACACUUCAGUCUACUUAUUAAUAGCUAUUUAUUUGUAAUUGUAAAACAUUUCUUCUUUAAGCUAAAAAAGUAAAAAGAAUAAAUGUAUUAUAACUUUAAGUUAAUAUUGAACCUUUUUUAUUUUUAAAAAUUUUAAGAUAAUAAAAAAAUUAAGAGUAAGAAUUUUUUAUUUGUUAUUAAAGUUGUUUUACUUUGUGGUUA